UAUGUCAUUCAAAAUGAUGCAUGCAAGAUUAACCUGUCGUCAAUUAGAGGCAGGGUAUACAAUUUUAUCCACCGCUGGAUCAUAUAAAACAUUCAGUUGUGGACCUGUUCAAACGAUAUCAACUCUAACAUUGUUUAAACUUCCCCAAUUUCGAUGUUAUUGUACUGACGAAAAAAAAGUGAAGAAAGUAUCAAAAAAACACUUACAUUUUAUCGACAGCUUAAGAAUCCAUGUCAAAGGUGGUAAAGGUGGCCAAGGUCUUCCCAGGAAUGGUGGAGCUGGAGGGAGAGGUGGAGAUGUCGUGAUAGUGGGGUCGAAGAAAGAUAAUUUUACACUAAAAGAUGUUUUAAAAGCCUGGCCAAGUAAACGUAUAGCAGCCUCCACUGGACAAGACUCGAGAUUCUUUUGUUUAUAUGGAGAAAACGCAAAACCCAUUCAAAUCCCAGUUCCCCUUGGAAUAACUGUCAUUUCAGAAAAUGGGAACACGAUUGGGGAAAUUAACCGAGCGGGAGAAAAAGUUGUUAUCGGGAAAGGAGGAAUUGGAGGAUGUGCUGCCAAUGGGUUUGCUGCGGAGAAAGGUCAAGCUCAUAUUGUAACUCUAGACCUUAAACUUAUUGCUGAUGUGGGCUUCCUCGGCUUCCCCAACGCUGGAAAGUCUACUUUACUCCAAGCACUGUCUAAAGCUCGACCAAAAAUCGCGUCUUAUCCCUUCACAACGAUUAAUCCAAACAUAGGAAUUGUAGAGUUUAAUGACUUUCGUCGAAUAUCCUUGGCAGAUUUGCCUGGUUUAAUUGAAGGAGCUCAUGCAAAUCAAGGGAUGGGGCACAAAUUCUUAAAACAUGUGGAACGAACAAAACUCUUACUUUUCGUCGUAGAUCUGCACGGCUUCCAGAUAAGUCCACAACAUCCUCAUCGAUCAGCACUGGAAACUAUCGUUUUACUCAAUAAAGAACUUGAGUUGUAUCAAGCAGACCUUACUGAGAAAUCGGCUAUUCUGGCACUAAACAAGAUGGACCUACCUAAUUCCUACCCUAUUAUACAAAAUGUUCGCAAAACGCUAACUGAUGACAAGUUAUAUAGUGCAUACAUAAAUACUUUACCGCCUGAAUUUAGACCAUCGUUCCCAAUGAAAUUUGAACAUAUUUUAUCAAUUUCAGCCCAAAAGGAUCAGAUUGCUACUACCAAUUUAAAAAAUAUUAUUCGUAGUCAAUUAGAUAUCGACGCGCAGUACGCUGAACUACAAGAAUCCAAUCUUAAUGACAGCAUCUUAGUAAAAUCAUAGUAAAUAAUAUUCUUAAAUAAUUAACGUGUCAAAUUUUUGGAGAUGCAGAAUGUAUAAUAAUAAAAUUUAUACCAUGUA